AUGAUGGACUCAGUAAACCAAAGAAGCGUUCAAGAACUUGGUCCCUCAGCCGUCCCCCUCCCCUCCCUGCCCUCCAACUCGGCGCCAUCCACGAGCUGCCGCCACCACAGCGGUAACAACAGCACCGGCAACUGCGUCUGCAGCGUCUUCCCUCCGGCGGCAGUGGGGCGGCAGCAGCAGCACCAGAUGCACUUCUCAGAGCUGGAGCGGGUGAGUCGGAUCGGGAGCGGCAACGGUGGGACGGUGUACAAGGUAAUCCACCAGCCGACGGGGCGGCUCUAUGCGCUCAAGGUCAUCCACGACCACCACGAGGAGGUGGUGCGCCGCCAGAUUUGCCGGGAGAUCGAGAUUUUCCUGGACGUGGACAAUCCAAACGUGGUGAAGUGCCACGACAUGUACGUCCACAACGGCGAGAUCCAGGUGCUGCUGGAGUUCAUGGACGGCGGGUCGCUGGAGGGCAUCCACGUCGGCAACGAGAGCCACCUCAGCCACCUGACCCACCAGAUCCUGAGCUGCCUCGCUUACCUUCACCGCCGCAAAAUCGUACACCGCGACAUCAAGCCCUCGAACCUCCUCGUGAACUCGAGCAAACAGGUCACGAUCGCCGACUUCGGCAUGAGCCGCUUCCUCUACUAUAUUAUGGACCCCAACUCCUUGGUCAGCACCAUCGCCUCCAUGAGCCCCUAA